GGUCCCGGGGCUCCCUGGGCGGGGCCGUUCCCGGGGAGCCCCCCGACUGCCUCUCAGAGCAGGGUGGGGAAGGGGAUCCUAGCCCGCCGCCGCCUCCGAGCAGGCCGCCAGGACUCUGGCGGCCGGAGAUGGGCGCCCGGCUUUCGCGGCGGCGGCUGCCCGCGGACCCGCCCAUAGCCUUGGACGCGCUGCCGCCGGAGCUGCUCGUGGAGGUGCUGAGCCACGUGCCACCGCGAGCGUUAGUGACGCGCUGCCGCCCAGUGUGCCGCGCCUGGCGCGACGUGGUGGACGGGCCCACCGUGUGGCUGCUGCAGCUGGCCCGCGACCGCAGCGCGGAGGGCCGCGCUCUCUACGCGGUGGCCCAGCGCUGCCCGCCCAACAGCGAGGACGAGGAGGAGUUUCCGCUCUGCGCCCUGGCGCGCUACUGCCUGAGAGCGCCCCUCGGCCGCAACCUCAUCUUCAACUCCUGCGGAGAGCAGGGCUUCAGAGGCUGGGAGGUGGAGCACGGCGGGAAUGGCUGGGCUGUGGAAAAGAACCUAAUACUGGUGCCGGGCGCUCCUUCCCAGACCUGCUUCGUGACUUCUUUCGAAUCUUUAAUCCACCUUGAAUGUGAUGUUAGCUUCCCAUUGGCUGACCCAACAGGAAGUAGAGGAUGGUGCUUCAAGAGGCAGCUUGUGGACUUGGUGAUGGAGGGUGUGUGGCAGGAGCUGCUCGACAGCUCCCAGAUCGAGAUCUGUGUGGCCGACUGGUGGGGUGCCCGGGAGAACUGCGGCUGCAUCUACCGGCUCCGCGUCCGCCUCCUGGACAUGUACGAAGACGAAGUGGCCAAGUUCUCGGCAUCACCCAACCCGGUCCUUCAGUGGACUGAAAGAGGCUGCCGACAGGUCUCCCACGUCUUUACCAACUUUGGCAAGGGCAUCCGCUAUGUGUCUUUUGAGCAGUAUGGAAGAGACACGCGUUCCUGGGUGGGGCACUAUGGUGCCCUCGUGACCCACUCCAGCGUGAGGGUCAGGAUCCGCCUGUCCUAGCUAACCAGCCUGAUCCAGCCUUCUGGGACAGACCGCCAUCUGCCAGACACCAUCGUCAAUCAAGGUCGGCUCUGCAGCCACGAGCCGGAGGAUGCCCGAGGACAGUGGGGGUCCCGUGUAGCCUGUUCCCGGAAUGUUUCCAGUGAACCCCACUUGCUGCUGCUUCAGCGUGGUGGCCCCCAUGCUAUUUGAGAAACCAGGGAUCCAACCAGGCUGGUCACUUGCUUCCCCAGCUUCCCAGGGAGAGUGUCAAAGAGUAACUCAGACCUGUACGUUACUUGCAAAUUUUUUUCUCACAUGUGUGGAUAUCAGUUGACAGACUGAGUCAAAAAACAAAGGCCAAACCAGGAUUUCAAAUAGAGGAAAGCUGCUGACAAUCUUGGACAAGGACUCUUAUCAGCAUGUUUUGGGGGCAAGGUGAUUGCUGGGAGGGAGCAGAGGUCCUUGAGGGGACCAACAGCGGCCUCAAAGUGAACUCUUCCUGUUGUUUUGGGGAGUCUCUGGGAUUUGGCAGUGGGGCCCGUGCAACCUCCUCCAGCACCACGCCCAUCAGCACCUCCCCUCUGGGCCAGACUGGUGCCAUUUCUUUCAGAAUUUCUGAGGCCAGUUCUGCGCUGACCCCCAAACUGUAUCCUCCACCCCCACCUCCUGCCCCUGCCUCAGGGGCAGCUCGCCUCCUGUCAGGCGACAGCCUCCUUUUCUCCACACUUGAGCCCGCUUGGAGAUGGACCCCAGGAGCAAGGCAUGCUGUGAAGGAAAGCUCUCCUUUCCCCAACUGAGCGCAGCCAACAAGCUCGCUCAAUAAAAUCGGUGCUAAGCAUGAGGUGA